GGUUUCUAAUGAUAGGGCGGCAGCAGCAGCCAGAGCAGCAGUAGUAGCAGGAGGAGUGAGGGAACCGAGAGCCCUAUGAACACACAGGUGUCUCUGAGUGGUAAUUAGAUAGCUGUGAAGGAUAAAAUACAUCUUUGCGUUUUCACCUGUGAACACAGUAGCACUGAGACAGAUAAAUCUAAAGGCAGAGGGAAAGAUUGAUCAGUCACACUAAGAGACACUAAACUUGAAAGACUUUUUUUCUUCCUGAUUCGUUUCCUGCCCCCGUGUGCCAUAACCAUGGUCAGAAAGCCAGUGGUGUCCACCCUGUCUCAUGGAGGGUACUUGCAGGCAAAUGCUAACGUGAGGCUCACUGCCAUGGGUAGCAAAGAGCCACCAGGGCAGGAAAAAGUGGUGCUGAAGAAGAAAAUCACUUUGCUGAGGGGGAUCUCCAUCAUCAUUGGCACCAUCAUUGGCGCAGGAAUCUUCAUCUCUCCUAAGGGCGUGCUGCAGAACACGGGCAGCGUGGGCAUGUCUCUGAUUAUCUGGACGGCCUGUGGGGUCCUUUCACUAUUUGGAGCUUUGUCAUAUGCUGAAUUAGGAACAAGUAUAAAGAAAUCAGGUGGUCAUUACACAUAUAUCCUGGAAGUCUUUGGGCCUUUACCAGCUUUCGUACGAGUCUGGGUAGAACUGCUCAUAAUACGCCCUGCAGCCACUGCUGUGAUAUCCCUGGCAUUUGGACGAUAUAUUUUGGAGCCAUUUUUUAUUCAUUGUGAAAUUCCUGAACUUGCAAUCAAGCUCAUUACAGCUGUGGGCAUAACUGUAGUGAUGGUCCUAAAUAGCAUGAGUGUCAGCUGGAGUGCCCGGAUCCAGAUUUUCCUAACCUUUUGCAAGCUCACAGCAAUUCUGAUAAUUAUAGUCCCUGGAGUUAUGCAGCUAAUUAAAGGGCAAACACAGAACUUUAGAGAUGCCUUUUCAGGAAGCUCAAGUCUUACGGGAUUGCCACUGGCUUUUUAUUACGGAAUGUAUGCCUAUGCUGGCUGGUUUUACCUCAACUUUGUUACUGAGGAAGUAGAAAAUCCUGAAAAAACCAUCCCCCUUGCCAUAUGUAUAUCAAUGGCUAUUGUCACCACUGGCUAUGUGUUAACAAAUGUGGCCUACUUUACAACCAUUAGUGCUGAAGAGCUGUUGCUUUCAAAUGCAGUGGCAGUGACCUUUUCUGAGCGGCUGCUGGGAAAUUUCUCAUUAGCAGUUCCGAUUUUUGUUGCCCUCUCCUGCUUUGGCUCCAUGAACGGUGGUGUGUUUGCUGUCUCCAGGUUGUUCUAUGUUGCAUCUCGAGAGGGUCACCUUCCAGAAAUCCUCUCCAUGAUUCAUGUCCGCAAGCACACUCCUCUGCCAGCUGUUAUUGUUUUGUACCCUUUGACGAUGAUAAUGCUCUUCUCUGGAGACCUCUACAGUCUUUUGAAUUUCCUCAGUUUUGCCAGGUGGCUUUUUAUUGGGCUGGCAGUUGCUGGGCUGAUUUAUCUUCGAUACAAACGCCCAGAUAUGCACCGUCCUUUCAAGGUGCCUCUGUUUAUCCCAGCAUUGUUUUCUUUCAUAUGUUUCUUCAUGGUGGCCCUUUCUCUUUACUCAGAUCCCUUUAGUACAGGGAUUGGCUUUGUUAUCACUCUGACUGGGGUCCCUGCAUACUAUCUCUUUAUUAUAUGGGACAAGAAACCCAAGUGGUUUAAAAGAAUGUCAGAUGGAAUAACUAAAACAUUGCAAAUAAUACUGGAGGUUGUACCAGAAGAAGACUGUAAAUAA